AAAACUCAUUCUAUUUCUGAGAUUUAAUUGAACAGAAUCAAACUCUGCUUUUUCCUCUUUUUAUAUUCUGUAGUAUUCAUAAUUUUUAUUUAAUUUACAAUCGCAGAAUGGUGACUUUUGGUUGUGUCGCAAAACUUUUGAGCGGCUUCGAGUGCUGCGCGAAUUCGUGGGUCAAAGCCGUAAAUCCCGGGUGGUACGAGGCCCGUGAGCUUCCCAAGACCAUUCUGAUCCAAAAGAUGCGGCAGGUGGCCCAGGCGACCAGGGCGAUUCGGCAGCGACCCCAAACCGCGGAGCCGCCAAAGAAGACCAGGCCGCAGCGCCAGCCAUAACAAUACUAAGUUCGGCAGAGAUUUCCAAAAAAAAAUAUUUUAGUCGUUGCAGACGUUUUGCCCUAGUGCGGAUUCCGAGUGCUGAGGUGCCUCGGAGCCGGUAUCGAUUUCGGCAUUUUGGCUGCCCCGCCGCACGGUCACACCGAGUCGGUGCCGAGUUUUUGCUUCGCGAGCAGGUGGUGUU